AUGUCAACGUCCACGCUUCCCAGUCCCAUUGACCCUCGCUUUCUAUCUCGGUUGGAUGAUGACUUUAUCGAUUACUACAACAAGUAUUUAGCCAUUAAGCCAGCUACCCACAAUAUCACAAUCAAGGAUAUCCGAGCCACGCCGCAAAAAUUUGCAUCCCCCUGGUAUCGAGAUUUUACCUACGAACCUUUCGUCAAAGACCUCCAUAUUGAGUCUGAAGAUGGCCAUGUAUUUACAGCACGAUGCUAUCAGCCCGACCACAGGACGUCUCCGUUUGGCAAAGGACCGUAUCCUGUCCACAUCAAUUUUCAUGGAGGAGGCUUUGUAUUAGGCGAUUUGACCGGAGAUGCAGAGCUUUGCAUGCAAGUCCGAAACAAAGUCGGGAUCAUCGUGAUAGACGUCGAUUAUAGACUGUCCCCUGAGAAUACCUUCGGAAAAGGACAUGAUGAUGCUUGGGCGGCCAUCCGUUGGGUCCAUGAGCAUGGUGCAGAACUUAAUGGUCAACCUGCUUCCAUCUCCAUUGGUGGCAUCUCUGCGGGUGGGCAUAUUAGUGCUGUAUGCCAACAGCUAGCUCGGGAUGCUAGCAUAAAUCUUCAGUUAGCUAUCUUAGCUGUUCCCAGCACCGCGGGGAGUGAUACAAAGACAGCAUCUGAUACACUCUAUCCGUCGUACUUGGAAAACGAGUUUGCUCCAUGUCUCAACCUGAUGCGGUUGAAAUUCUUCAAAUCCUUGUACAUGCCGAAGACCGAUGCCGAACUUGCCGAAAUUGAGGCCCGGCCAGUGUUUUUCCGAAGUCCAAUCCAAGGAGACCUUCGUGGUGUUUGUAAAACAUACAUUGCCACUGCUGAAUGUGAUCCUCUACGGGAUGAGGGCGAGGCAUACGCGAGGUGCCUUCUUGAAGCAGGUGUGCAGGUCACUGUUCGCCGAUACACCGGCGUGCCUCACCCAUUCAUGCAUAUGUUGCUCAUAAAGAAAGCUCAAUUGUACGUUGAGGAUAUUUGUGCUCAGCUUCGGAUGGCUCAUGGUGCCUAA